AUGGCGAAGUUGUUCGAGGAGAUCUUCCAAUCUGGAGGUUCCGGGGACACACGCCUGGUCAUCACUGAUCCACGAGAUGCCAGAGAUCCCAUGGGGGCCGAAGAUGCCCUCCACCUCUGCUGUCACUCGCUGAUCCUCACGCAGCAGUCCUACUUCUACAAGAUGCUUGGCUCAGAGACGCCCUUGCGAGAAGGCAUCACCCGCGAGGCUUUGAUCUCCGAACCGCGCACCGAGUUCGUUGAGCUGCUGCGCUUCAUCUACACGAACCAAGUUGACAUCAACGAGCACACAGUCCUUGGCCUCCUGACUUUGGCAGACAAGUACUGCAUAGAUGAGGUUGUGGACCUGUGUCUCAAGUAUAUCAAGGACAAAUUUGAUGCAGACAUGUUUUUCACCUUCUAUGACAUCACAACCCUCAACUCCACGUACCAAGACAAACUCAAGACCCCUCCGUGCACCUUGGGGCGUGGAGGGGACCUCAUCAUGGCGAGCGACAUGAAGCCACCCCAAUUCGAGGGUGGUGGUCCAAUGGUUCUGGUACGAAACACCUUCCUGGACAUCGAGGACCCGCCUGACCCCGCAGGCGAGAUCGUGCGGUCGAAGACGGCUCCGCCGGGGAGCGGCGGUCCCUGGGCAGAGGACCUUGGGCCUGGGCUCUUUGCUGCCUUUGCCUCCGACCUUGAGUCCGAGGAGGAGGAGGAAGAAGAGCAGGAGGCUGCCAGCCCCUACGGCGAAGUCGCAGGAGCCUCACCGAUCUCGCCGGGCUCAGAUGACCUCGAUGAGAAAGACGAUCAAAUCUGUAGAACGGUUACCCACGAAUGGCUCGAGGACUGGGAACUGCGGAUGUGCGGGCCCGGGGUCCUGUGUGCACUUGGUGACGAUCGAGAUCCGAAGUAUCCCGUGCUGCAGGGCCGGCUCCGCUCCGAGUGCUGCGCCUGCGUCUGGCCCGGUGUCGGCGCCGAAUCCGGUGCCUUACCAGCCAGUGCAGGCAGCGGAGCCACAGCCGAUGCCACAGAUGCCCCAGCCGCAGAUGCCCCAGAUGCCGCAGGGAUGGUUUUCAUGCCCGUCGCGAUGGCACCAGCACCGGCACCAACGGCACCAAUGAAUGCCGGCGGAGGUACGGGACCUAGUGGCCCCGGAGCCCCCGGAGGGGGCUACGGGGCCCCGCUGCCGGAGCUGCCCGUUCGCCAGCCCGAUCGGGGGGCGAGGUGGCCCGUAGCCGGUGUUGGCCCCCUCCCUGUGGGCCCAAUGCCGCAGAAUGCGCAGAACAGCGUCAUCGUCACCGACGGAUCGUCGGCCCCCAACUCGGCGAUGGCGGUGUCCAGCUCAGGCCGAGACUCCACGGCGCCACCCCAGCCACAGACUCUCACCAGGGCCUUCAGUGUGAAGAGCGGCUUCUUCCGCGUGCACUGGACCGUGGACGGGCGAAAGCUGAGGGGCAACGAGAAGCAAACGGUCUCGCCGCCGUUUGAGCUUUCUUUCGGACCCAAGUAUCCGGCAGUCACGUUCAAGAUGAUGAUUUACCCGGAGAUGCUCAACGAAGGUAAGGGCGGCUGCUGCUUCAGGAAGUCGAAAGGCAGAGGCUACGUGCAGAUCAAGUGCGAGGCGGAGCUGGAGGAGUCCGUCGCGUGGGUCUCCUUCCGGAUCUCCAUCGGCAGCGGCAACAAGACCGUUGGUCCUCGGGGGCCUCGCUACCACAACUUCUCCCAAAGUGCCGUCACCGGCCUCGAGGAGGGGCGCACGAAGGACGAGCAUAUCUGGGACUUCACAGAAGUCCUGGAUGAGGCAUCCCAGACAUUCGUGGUUUGCCUUGAGAUUGUUCCCGGAGGCAGAGGUGUGCUCAGAGAUGGCUCUCUCGAAAGGUGUUUGGCUAUUCUCGUUUUAUGCUCUCGACACCGGGACUUCCUGCAGGACCAGCUCAUGAAACAGAUGCUCCUGCGCAGAAACUUGUGCGCCAUCACUGACGACCCAAGGUGGGAAGAGCUGCCCAUCGGCUUGGUCGAGAGCAUCUUGCGACAGGACAACCUGCCCAUCGCCUCGGAAGCGGAGGUUUUAACCUUGAUUGCCAAGUGGAUCGGCAGCCGGCAGCGCAAACAGGAGGAAGUCACUCGGCUGCUGCGCUCGUUCCGCAAGGGCGACAGUGUGCGGGUCCGCGUCUCGGACAUGGCUGCCCUGAUGGGCGCUCUAGGCUGGGACAUCUUUUCCGACAAGGUUCCUCGUACAGGUGCCUCGGUGUGGGAUCCCAACUUUACGAUCCACCGGCACGAGGGUGCCGGCACGCAAGGGACUGGGCCUUCCGAGUCUGCAGAGCGCAGAGAAGGGAACACUGUCGAAAUCAUCCACCAGAUGGGCCCCAAAGACUUCCUACAGCAGGAGCCCGGGUGGGCCUACCCAGGUGCGCACCGGUGCAGGGUGAAGCUAACAUCCAACUGUUGGUCUCACCGUGAGCGCCGGCUGCUGCGUGGAGGGCCGGGCCAGGCCGUCGCCUUACAGAAGAGGGCCUUCGAGUGCAGUCCCGCAAAGCCCACGGAGCGCAGCCCGUCGCCGCCGCCGUCCUUCCAGGUACGGAGGCCACCGGUGGACACCUUUGAGACCUUCGAUAUCGCACCAAUGUCAGACGGUUCCGAACAGUCCUUUCUGGGUGGUGCGGUCAUCAGAAAUUUGACGCAGGACAAGAUCGACCAUGAGCUUGUGGACCAUCAGGUCAUAUGCGGAGUGUCAAGCGGUUACCAGCGGCAUGGCUUCCGCAUCUCGCAGUGUGACAAGAAAGCCAUUUAUUUGGUGGAGGCGCUGCUUUGGCUAAGUGUGGUGUCUGGUCUUGACCCAUGA